CUUGACGCCGUGACAGCCGCUGGUGUACAUGCUGUUAGCUAGAAACGUUUUUUUUUCCUUCACAUUUUGGAAGCUAUUUUUGCGAAAUUAAUAGUGUUGUUUGAUGCAUAACCGGCGGAUCCUACCUGCGGUGUGAUCAAACGGUUAAGACGAGCGACUGAUGUGAAGCAGGAACCGUUUUAUUGAUCCCCUCCUCCUCUCUAAAUGAUAGGGAGGCUUCAUACGUAAACAGUGAUCGCCUCAUAGAUCUGCAGUUCCUUUUUGUCACCCUAAUAAACAGCAAGUGAUGGCAACCAUUGCCAAGAGGCCGUCCCUGCAGGGUCCAGUGCCCCCUCCUCGCAAGAAGACGACCCCCAAGCCAGAGCUGACUGAGGAGCAGAAGCAGGAGAUCAGAGAGGCCUUUGAGCUCUUUGAUACCGAUGGAUCCGGAUACAUUGAUGUCAGAGAGCUGAAGGUGUCCAUGAGAGCUCUGGGCUUUGAGCCGAAGAAAGAGGAGAUCAAGAAGAUGAUUGGUGAAGUGGAUAAAGGCGGAACAGGAAAGAUCUCCUUCACCGACUUCCUCACCAUCAUGACGCAGAAAAUGGCUGAGAAGGAUUCCAAAGAGGAGAUCCUGAAAGCUUUCCGCCUGUUUGAUGACGACGAGACGGGCAGGAUCUCAUUCAAGAAUCUAAAGAGAGUAGCCAAAGAGCUCGGAGAGAACCUGACAGAUGAUGAGCUCCAGGAAAUGAUAGAUGAAGCAGACAGGGAUGGAGAUGGAGAAGUGAACCAGCAGGAGUUCCUGCGCAUCAUGAAGAAAACCUGCCUGUACUGAAGGAGGUGCACGACGUCAGGGUCGGUGACGCAGUGUCGAGGGGACCAGCGGUGGUUUUAUAUGUAAUGCUGCUCGUACAUUUGUCUAGAAAAGCCCUUAUUGCUGUGUAGUGCCAUACGUUUUUACUUAAAAUUAGUCAACAUUUAACUAUCAUACUACAAUGGAAAGAAACGCUUGAACAGGAUGUCUGGUGAAAUGCCAAAUUAUCUUCCUUUGACUUACAUGAUAAUUUACUUUACAUCUGCCAAAACAGUAGGAGAGUUUUCUCUUUUCUGUUUGGAAUGCUGCAUACCUUUAUGAAGAAUAUACAUGAAUUAUAUUAUUGAUGAAAUGUAGCUUAUUAUUAGUUGUCAAGAACUUCUCAGUGCCUGCCUCGAUACAGUGAGAAACACAAUACAUUCCAGUGCUUUGUUUGGUCGUAGACUUUGUGCGUCAUGUUAGAUCCCAUCAUACCGCUAACUCCAGUGUUUCAUGUUUUGGCCUUUUUGUACUGGUUUUCCUGAGAAAUUUGUAAUGUGAGAAGCUGGUAAACUACUGCUGACUAGGAAGUGGCAUCUCAUCUCCGUGCUGCCUGUGGAUUUGUGCCUGUGCCUCUGGAAGGGCCGAUCAUCACAAUCAGGGAAACUGCCCGACCUCUCCGACCUGCUUCACCUUCCCCACAGGUCCCAUUAUCUUCAAACUAUAUGAUUGCGGAUGUAUUUUUCUUGUAGCUUUAAGUAUUUAUCCUUCUGUUGUGCAUAUUUCCUCUUCUUAAAUGUUUUGUAAAUGAUAUAGUGCAUUGAUGAGUAGAUCCACAGCAUAUUAGUGUUUAAGGUACAGAUUAAAUAUAUUGAAGCAGG